AUGGGCAUAGAGAACACCCCCGACGUCGAGGAGACGACGGAACCUCCUAUAUGUGGCUAUAAGGAGUCUCUUUCCAUUUCCCAUUCAAAUGGGCCAAACACCCUAAGACCUGAGCUGGUUGACCACAAAUACGACCGACACGAGAAGCUCAAUACCCCCGCAGACCACGGCAUCCCAGUCUAUGACCGACUCAAAAAUGCCCAUCUUUUGGAACCAGCCGACAUCGCUUCGUUCCUCCAAACCGACCUGCAAAAUGGCCUCUCCACCAACGAGGCGUGUCUGCGCCUCCAACGAGAUGGUCCAAAUACCGUCCAAGAAGUCACGGGCGUCUCCGUCUGGGGGAUACUAUUAAGACAGGUAUCAAACAGCUUGACAAUCGUUCUCCUACUGACCAUGGGCCUGUCCUUUGGCAUCAAUGAUUAUAUCGAAGGAGGUGUCAUUACCGCAGUGAUAGUCUUGAACAUCAUUGUCGGAUUCUUCCAAGACUACCGCGCGGAAAGAACCAUUUUGUCUUUACAACGUCUUUCGGCUCCAGAAUGUAAGGUCGUUCGAGAAAACCACAUAACGUCAAUCAAGGCACAAACUUUGGUCGUUGGAGACAUUGUACGUCUCGCAGUAGGGGACAUUGUUCCUGCGGACAUAAGACUGUUCGAUGGAAUGAAUAUCUCUAUUGAUGAAGCACUCCUGACUGGCGAAUCCCUUCCCGUCCUCAAGACUCCCUGUGAAACCCUCGGUUCUCCGGAUACUCCCAUCGGCGACAGGACCAACAUGGCGUAUUCUGGCUGUAGCACCACCCAGGGUCGAGCCAUUGGCAUAGUCGUAGCGACGGGAAUGAAGACGGAGGUUGGAAAAAUCGCCAAACUGCUACAAGACCAAGAUGAUGAGAGCACGAAAGUUCAUUCUCGGCUUUUGAACAGCAUCAGCUCGUCUGGGAAGAAGAUUUUGGGCUUGGUGGGAACUCCAUUGCAGGUCAAACUGAGCAAAUUUGCACUUUUACUCUUUGCACUUGCUAUUCUGUUGGCCAUCAUCGUAUUCUCAGUCAAUCUUUGGGAUGUUCAGGGCGAAGUCCUCAUCUAUGGCAUAUGCGUCGCGGUUGCAGUCAUUCCUGAAUCGUUAAUCGCUGUGCUCACCAUUACCAUGGCCGUCGGCACAAAGGCCAUGGCAAAAGGAAAUGUUAUCGUCAGGAAGCUACAAUGUCUUGAGGCCGUCGGUGGCGUGACCAAUAUCUGUUCAGACAAAACUGGUACCCUCACACAAGGGAAAAUGGUCGCGCGUGCGGCGUGGAUUCCGGGUGCUGGAACACUGACAAUACGUCAAAUUACCGACCCUUAUGAUCCUACGAGUGGAAUUGUACAGCUGGAUGAUAUUAACUGGAAUUCAAGCCAUCCCAUUGAAGACCAUCCUGCAUUGCAUAAAUUCCUCUCCGCUCUUUCACUCUGCAACCUCUCGGUUCUACACCACCAAAAUAACGUCUGGACUGCGGUUGGUGAACCAACUGAAAUUGCACUUCAUGUUUUGGCCAUGCGGUUUGACUUUGGAAAAGAAGCAGUAGUCAAGGAACGCCGCAUCGCACUUCGCACGGAGUACCCGUUCGAUUCUGCCAUCAAAAAGAUGACAGUCGUCUACAGUAACGCAAGCGAGAAUGUGAAUGAGGUAUACACGAAGGGUGCCCCAGAAGUUAUCCUCCCAUCUUUAUCCAUCUCCGACAAUGAGAAGCAUAUUAUUCACGAGGCAGCAGAUCGAAUGGCCGAAGAGGGCCUGCGGGUUCUGUGCAUAGGCAUAAAAGAAUCGCCAAUUAAACAAGACGACGCAGUGUCUACUCGCUCAGCUGCCGAAUCAAAUCUUCAAUUUGGUGGCCUGGUGGGACUAUACGAUCCACCUCGUAUUGAGAGCGCAGCAGCUGUGCGCAAAUGUCAAAUGGCCGGGAUUACAGUGCACAUGCUCACAGGAGAUCACAUCAAGACUGCGACAGCCAUUGCAGCUCAAGUGGGUAUCUUAGAUCGCGUUUCCCUUAUCACACGGCCAACAAAGUUGAUCAUGGCCGCCGAUGAGUUUGACAAGUUGUCAGAUGCCGAGAUUGACGAUAUCGAGGACCUUCCCCUCGUGAUCGCCCGGUGUAGCCCUGCAACAAAAGUUCGCAUGGUUGAAGCUAUGCAUCGCCGUCAAGCGUUUUGCGUUAUGACCGGGGAUGGGGUCAACGACUCACCUGCACUCAAAAGAGCCGACGUGGGUAUAGCCAUGGGUAAAAACGGAAGUGAUGUCGCAAAGGAAGCUGCGGAUAUGGUUCUUACCGACGACAAUUUUGCAUCCAUUGUAAAAGCUGUCGAAGAGGGCAGACGAUUGUUUGAUAAUAUCCAAAAGUUUCUCAUGCAUCUCCUCAUAUCUAAUAUUGCCCAAGUCAUACUUCUUCUCAUUGCCUUGGCUUUCAAAGAUUCUGGUGGGAACUCGGUAUUUCCAUUAUCUCCUCUUGAGAUUUUAUGGGCAAAUCUUGUCACAUCUUCGUUUCUAGCCGUCGGCCUUGGCCUGGAAGAAGCCCAGCCAGACAUCAUGUACCGACCACCGCACAAUCUACGCAUCGGAGUCUUCACCCGCGAACUAAUUGUUGACAAAAUGAUCUACGGGACUUUUAUGGGAUCGUUAUGCUUGGUAGCAUUUGUAUGCGUUGUGUAUGCCGCGGGGACGGGGUCCUCAGAUCUCGGAGAUGGAUGCAAUCAGGAAUACAACUCAACGUGUGACACGGUAUUCCGAGCCCGAGCUACAACAUACGCAACUCUAACAUUCUUAUUGCUGGUAACAGCAUGGGAAGUCAAAGACUUUUCACGGUCUCUAUUCAGUAUGGAUCCAAUCCGAUGUCCACAGCGUCUUUCAAUUUUUCCCACGGUUUGGCGAAACCGUUUUCUCUUCUGGGCUGUUAUUGCUGGUUUUGUUAUUGCAUUUCCGGUGAUAUACCUUCCUGUGAUUAACCAGCUUGUGUUCAAACACCAUGCUAUCACUUGGGAAUGGGGUGUUGUGUUUGGAUGUACACUUGCAUAUUUGGGGUGUGUUGAGAGCUGGAAAGCUGUUAAGCGUGCUUUUGGCAUUGGAAGUGGAAAGUACAACAUUCUUAGCUUGGAGGAUGUUGAGGCUAGAGUUGGAUUGGAUACGCCGACUUUGGUGUCUUCCAGUGCCAAUGCGAGUGUCGAUUUGAAGUGA